CCUCACUGUCCGGACUCCAAGUCAAACCCCGGACCAAACCUCUGACCUUCACUUUGUCCGGAGGAGCCGGGUCCGGGUCUGGGUCCGGGACCAGGACUGAGGGAUCCGCUUCAUCCAGAGGACGGACUGCUGGAAACCCGACUACUGCGGUCUUUUUUUCUUCUGCUGGAUUUAACUCAAACCAGAUGGUGUGGCUGCCAGAGCAGACUCCUCCGCCACCGGUUGGGUUGUUUUUGACUGGUCUACGGCGCCACGCAACUCCGCGUCAGGGUUUCACUCAAUGCGCUGCGUGGAUCACUUUCCACGGGUCUUUCCUGAAUGUUUGUAGAUAACGGUCUCCUCAGUCGGUCCCGUUGUGAUUCCAGCGGAACUUUAACUUUCCAACAGUUGACAGGACCAGUUUUUGCCUUCAACAGUCGCGGAUGAAACCUUAGUGGGAGACGUGGAUGUGUUGCGCACUCUGAAUUCAGACAAAUGAGCGCAUUAUCGUGGAAAUUAGGUCGCAGCGGGUGUCUUUGAAGGGUCAUAUGCUCUUUUUAAAACCCACAUGAUCUGAUCACGGAGGAGAGAAGAUGCACUUCGCCUGGGCUCGGGCGAAGUUCGCCGGUUCGCCGGACGGGCUGGCUGCUACGUUGCGUCUUUUUGCGCGUGUUCGCUGCGCACAGACGUGUGUGUGACAUUAACACGGGAUACGCCGGAACACACAGCAUGAGUUAAUACUUUCAAACUCUGCACAAGUAUAGUUAAUACAUCGACAGAGUCUUCAUAGAGCACAGGUUGAACAAACUUUCCGCCAGAGCCGGUCCCGGAGGUGGCCGUGAGGGAUGUGAAGUGGCGGACCUCCUCUCAUGCGGUGCCUCCUGGCCUCCGUCUGCGGGCUCCUCCUCAGGGAAGCCGGGAUGCUGCUCCGCCGCCGCUCCUGCUCCGGCCCGCUGCUCCUGCUAGGGGUGGCGGUGUGCCUCUUCUACCAGACCCUGAUGGUGUCCCGGAACCGGCCCCGGACUGGACAGCAUCCCCCCGCAGAUGUCUACAGCAGAAAGCCGACAGACGGGCUGAUGGUGGAGGAGACCCGGAGCUUCCUGUCGGCCCUGGAAACUUUACAGGCUCAGAACCAACAGACAUCUGUGAGUCCAGCUCAGCGGUGGCGCCAGGCUGUGGUUCUGACAGGCCGACAUGUCAUCACCGAUACCGAGGUCCAGCUAUACCAGCGGGUCCUGCAGCAGAUGGGCUACAAGGUGCAGCUGUCCAGAUAUGCAGAGACCAGCAGCCUCCUCAGACCAAAACAGGGUAUCAGUGGGUGGAGCCUCUUGGUGUGUCUCAGCAGUUCAGAGAGAAGCUGCCUGAGGCGAGUCUCUUUCUCUCACCUGCAGAAUCAUCAGAGGGUAAACCUUCUACCUGGGCUGAUGGAGGUGUUCUCUGAUGCUGGCGGUGGUCUGUGUCAGCUCUACACUCGCUCACACCUGUCAGGAUCUGAAUUACCCAUGAGGCCAUAUGCUUGCGGUGCGACCAAUCAGAAGCCCCAGUUUCCUGAAGACUCCACAGGAGCCAAGAGUUUGUUUCAGGCUGUUUCUCCGUCUCCUGCUUUCGUUGCCAUGGUGAAUGUUUAUGUGGUGGUUACAUCAGUGAACCCGCUGACUGCCUUCCUGCAUGACAUCAGCGUGGUGAUGACCAAUCAGGAGCAGACAGGACAGUCCACUCAGCUCAAGAGCUUCCUGCUGCAGCAGUUCGGAUACGCUGCAUCCCAUCAGGCCCUGGGGCAGUUGAAGAAGGUGAUAGGGGAUGUGUUGCAGGCUGCAGCUUCGACCAUUAUGAAAGAUCAAAUUGUUAAAAGGUGUGUGCUCUGUUACCAGCUGCUCACCUUCACUCUGCUCUUCAGUGGCUCUAUCUCACCUGUCAUUGUCCAGGUGGACUCUGACUGGACAUUUUCUGCUCUAAGUGAUGAAAGCUUUGACGGACAGAUUACCAAAGACCUGAUCCUGGAGGACACGCUUCACUUCCUGCUGAUGUCACAUGACCACCCAUCCUCGAUAACACAGGCAAAGACAGAGACACAACAGUACGGUGGCUGCAGAGGGACAUUCGGUGUCUGUCUGUCAGAGGAAGAGCUGCUUCUGCUGCUUCAGUUUAACCAACAGAUGAAAACACCCGGGGCAUUUCAGCUGCUCUAUCCUAGCACCUCCUCUUUCUCCCCCUCCUCCUCCUCCCAUCCUCUGAAUGUGUCUGACCUCCUGCUCAGGAUCAGCUUUUAUUAUGAACUGCAAAAGAACAACAGCUUCAGAACUGAUCAGACUGAAGUUCUGACCAAUCAGGAUGCAGCUCUACCCAUUGACCUGAAAGCUGAAAUGAAAGGUGUGUGUGUAGACCCCCACCUUAGACAGAUCUACACUGACCCACCCCUCUCUUUGACCCCACCCUUUAACCCCUGGGUGAAGGAGUACCGUGCUGAGGUAACCUUUGAUACAGUGAUGGUCCGAAUCCGUCCAGAGCCUGUGAGCUCCACCUGCCAUGUUCACCUGGAUGAGCACCGAGGCCCCAGGAUGGCAAACUUUCCCGUUGGCCUCGGCAACAGCAGGAUUAACAUCCUGGUGACGGAUGGAAGCAGGCCGGAGCCUGUCGUCAUGACAAUCUAUACUCUGCACGUGUUCCGAGAGAGCCGGCCCAGCCUGCCCAUGUUUGGAGAUCAUGUGAUGUGCGGCUUCGUCCAGGACUGUGGUCUGCUGGUGCAGCCUGGUCAUCCCUGUGGUUUGGAACCUCUGAUCACAUCUCAGAGUCCAGCAGAGUCCUGCAGCUCAGGCCAUGAACCAGGUCGAUGGGUGGUGCCGUGUCUCAGCUGCUCAGACAACAGGACCUGUGAUUGGAGGGAGGUUGCCUGGCGACCAGACAGCUGUUAUCACCCACUAGUGGACUGCCCACAGCUGCAGGACUGUAUGGCGGACAGGAAGCUGUUGUUCAUUGGCGAUUCGACCAAUCGGGGGAUGAUGUACUUUUUGAUGGAGCGGGUAAACUCCAGUCUGGAGGACUGGGGGAAGGCCCACAACACGCUGGUCUAUAGGAACCUGAAUGGGGGUCGGACUCUGAUCAGCUACUCCUAUUAUCCUCAGUUCUGGUUGGAGAUGAGUCAGAGGCCAACGUUCAGACAGGCACUGGAGCAGCUGCUGCACAGGUCACGACCCCUACUGAACUCCCCCCAGACGGUGCUGGUUGUGGGAGGAGUCCAGUGGCUCAACACCAAUCACUUGAGGGUCAUCAAAGAGAUGUUGGACAGAGAGGGACUCAGUAACAUCGAGGUGGUGGUGAAGUCUUUGGGGAUGGGCUUUCACCUUCCUGUCGAUGGGAUACGAUCGCUCAGUCUGAGAGAAGUCCAGGAACUCUACAAAGAGAACCAGAACAUCAUCACCAUAGCAAAGCAUUAUGGGUACGAGGUGAUUGACACCUUCAGCAUCACAAUGGGUCGAUACAAGGAGUUUCUGCAGGGACGGUGUGCCUGCCAUUUUCAUGAGGUGGAGAAGUUGGACUCCUCAAAGACUUCAUAUGACACAACACCAACAGUCAGCAGGACCAAAUCCACCAAACCAGGACCAAGACUCUGGAGCCAAUCAGCCAUGUUGGAUACGGACCAGGGAGCGAGGUCUAAUGCCUCAUCUUAUCACGUGAGAGGACCAGUGAAUCAGGUGUACUCUGAGAUUCUGCUGAGCCGCCUGUGUCCCAAAACCACAAAACUGAACACCUGAGAGAGAGUGUAUGUGUGUGAGAUCAGGACGCCUCCCAGUGGGUCCUCACCUGUUGAGGUCAGCGGGGUCAUGAGGUCACCGUCUGGGAGGAGUGACAGAGAACAAAGCAGACAGAGGAGAAGAAAUCAGUGGUUUCUGCACAAAAAACGGAACCUUGCAGUGAAAACAUCAUCGCUUCCUUAAUUUACAAACCAAAGUAUUAAUCAAUAACAUUUUUGCACUUUGGGAACAAGAACAUUUUCCUGAAAAUGAUGUACCUCUGUUCAGGAAAAAUUUUACUGUUCGCAAUAACUUCACAGUGCAGGUCAGAGAUUUUUUGUUAAUUAUUAUUCAUCACAGUAAUGAACAAUGAAACAUGUUAGCGUUAGCUUCAAAUCAGCAGUGACUGGUUUUUCAUAAUCAGCGCUUCAUUGUUAAUGCAGAUGUUUACUAAUUCACAGCUGAAUUUGUAACCAUACCAGCUUCAUCUCACUGUUACUAACUAGUUCUCUUUCACAUGAAGUAUCUGUAGUUUCCAUUGCAACAAAUUCCCCAAUAUGAACAGUUAUAUUAGUGUAUGUUACAUGUUCACAAUGACCCAUAACAGCUUCAUUGAUCUCCAUAAAUAACAUCAAAAUGAAGAAAACAAAAUUUGCGCUGCAGCCCAUAGGUGUGAAAGGUGUUUGUCUGUAUAUGUCACCCCUGGGAUUUAUUGGUGACAUGUCCAAGGUGCACCCCACCUUCACCCAUUGGUAGGUGGGAUAGGCUCUGGGCACCCAUCUGACCCUUUGGAGGACUAAGCAGAAAAUGAAUAAAUGAAUGAAUAACUAGUCACAGUUGUCGAGGGCGAUGCAUAAUGUAGGAUUCACUGAUCUUUCUUUUGCAGUGUAUUUCACACCCUGGCAUUACAGCAGCUGCAUCCCUGCACAAGACCACACAACCACAAAGAACCAAUCAGCAUCAAUGCAUGAUCCACAUCUUUGUCAAAAAUUUCAGCUUCUCGUUGUAAGCAGACUUUGAAAACCUGACGCAGGGGAAGGGAAUGCCACUUGGACUCUUUAGACAAUGGCAGGCUUAUUCCAAAAGAUUACUUCCUGUGAAUUAGACUAGGUCAAAAGAAUCUACAUUCUCAAACAGCCUUAUGAGCAUGUUUUCAACUGGGCAGACUCUUCUGAAAUAGAUUGUGCCACAAAAAAUCAGUUUGUAUAUUUCUUCAUAGCUACUCUAUGCAAAUCAACUGGUUUCUGAUACACUUUAACUUAUAAGGAGCACAAGAAGAUCGUUUAGAAUAUUCAUAGUAGCUCAUUUUAUCUGAAUCCUAUACAUAUACCAAAGUUUACUGACUGGUUUGUAGUUUGAAAACAGAAAAAGCUCGUUUGCAUCAAAUCUUGUCUACUUGCAGGUGUGCACCAUCUAGUUUGUGCAGCAGGAAGUUUCUGCUAUGAACUUAACCAUUUCUUAUUCACACCAGCUGGUUGUUUUUGUAAAUACUGUAGUUUGUUAUACACAUUUUCUGUAUACACUGGCUGUUGUGAAAUAUUAGCAGUGUGACAAGUUUCACUUUUCUUUUGUACAUGAGAUUUCUGUAGUUUCUGACGAGCAAUAAGUCAUUUUUAUUGUUAAAAAAGUUAGUUGGUAGUUUGUUUCACUGGUGCUUUUUGUGCACAUCAGCUGGCAUCUGAUAUAAUGUAAGUCGUUUUCUUUUAUUAUCACCAGCUAGUUUUAAACCUUUGGCUACUAAUAGCACUGUAGAUGUUAAUAUGUAUGUAUAAUACUCCAAUGUAUUGUAAGACAGCUAGUUUCAAAUGUACUUACUAUUUCUAAUGUUGUGUUCAGACCAAACACAAAGCCAAUUUUCACUUAUGUUACUUGUGAAUGUGGCUGCUGGAAUGUUUUUAGAUAUUGAAUAUUGGCUUUUACAACCUACAGUAUUUUAGUUAGAGUUAAAGCCUUGAACACCAGUGUGAACUUGGUCCAUAGAAAAGUACAUCUUUUAGCUGGAAUCUGUUUUGUUCUGUUUGACAGAAGUUGAAUCAUACGCUCAUAGUGUCCACAAUAAUGCAGCACACCAAUGAGGCUUUGGUGAAGUUAGUUGUAGUGGCAAGGUUUAUUGUUUGCUAAAAUAUUUUGCAUGUGCACUCAUGCUGGGUCGUUCUGUGUUUUGUCUUACUAUGUUUACAGUUCAGUUUUACAUGUUGUGUGUUAUUUAUCUUGAUGUCAGACGAGCAAAGCUAUAAUAUUAUGAGUGCAGUCUGUUGAGAGGUCAAUGACAAUCCCAGUGUUAAAACACAAGAAGUGUAUGUGGGCACAAGUGAAGCUCUGUUCAUUGUUGAAAAUGAAACUGAAAAAGUCUCCACCCUGUGCUCAGUGAAUCACUUCCUACAACAAGAACAUAUAACAUAUUAUCGUAGCAUCAAAGCAUGUCACUACAUUCAUUUAUGUCUUUGCUUUGACCUUUUGCGUAACUGACAACUAACCAGUUUCUGAUGCUUAUUGGAUAGUUUUUUGUAAUUUUUGUUUCUGUUUUUUUUUUUUUUUACCGUGAAAGGCGACUUGUUUUGAUGCAUACCAGCUUACCUACAACAAGCCCCUGCUGUGCAGUGGCAAAUUUCUCAUGCACAAAACUUUUACAGUGGACAGCGGCUAAUUGUUGUUCAUUGCUAGUUGUAAACAUGAGCUCAGUGUGGUAAAUUCCACCAGCUAAGUAAAUACUUUCUUAUCAGUUACAGUAUACAUUUACAAUUUUUGAUGCACCUAAGCUUUUAAUUGCAAAUGAAAUAAUUAAUUUCUAAACAGAGUACCCACAUAUUUCAAGUAGACCUUCACAUUUAUAUUUUUACUGCUGCACGCUGACUAUUUUGUAACUACUUAUUUCUAAUGUGCCAUGGCUAAUUUCCACACCAGCCUUAUUCUGCCAUUUGUCAAACAGUUUCUGGUGCUUUAAGAAGAUGCUAUAAUAAGCCUUCUAUAUAUAUAAAAGCCUUCCUUAAAGCUAGGUGCUAAUGCUAAGUGCUUAUGCUAGAAGCUAAUGGUAGGUGUUGCGUGUUUAUUAUGGGUAAAUUGCAGAGGCUGAAUUUUCCGACCAGGAUAAUAGAGUAAACCUUUUAACCUUUAACUGUUUAUUUAUUUUAAUACUAAUUUUCACUGCACAACUGUUCCUUUCUCUGUACUGUUCAGUUUUUGUUGCACAGCUCCACUUUUUACUAAAAUUUAACAGCGUUUGCUGCAGUAUUUAAUAAGCUGCAGGUAGUGUUUGUGCACCUGACACUUUUUUCUGCAAUUGUCAGAUGAGUUAUUAAUAUCUGAUGUUAUUUCUGAUGGGUUUUUUCUGAUUUUUGUUCUAUUGUGUGCAUAUGGACCUCAGCCAGUAUUGUGAAUAUGAAAUAGUAUAAAAUACUAAAGAAGACAAGAUGAUAAAUUUGUUCAUGUGAGAAAACGUCUUAGUUCUGAUUCUGUGCUUAUAUUUUCUAUAUUUUUCUACAGAUUCUGCCUUCAUCCUAAACAUGUUUACAUGCUGUAAAAUGGCAUAUACGAAUAUUUAUGUAUGAAUGUUAUUCUUCCUUGUUCUGUUAAACCAUUUAAAACAAAUCCACUGUGAACAAAUACAAUCUGUUUUAUUUUUUAAAUUAAAACUUACUCUUUGACCCAUAUAUGUUUCACCUUUAAAAUCUGUUUUUUACCUAAACUAUUUACAAAUUCUUGUUUUUUAAGCUAAAACUAUGUAAAUGUGACUUUAUAUGUUUUAAUAAAUAAAUC